GACUGUGAAAGGUAAGCUCACUAAAAACUUUUAUCGCUGCUAUUAUGCUUGUUGUGAAACGCAAUUUUACUUCCUCCUGCAGAAAACGUUCAGUAGACGUCACGCGAAAAUUGUGAACAUGCCUAACUUAAAGUUUUGCCUGACAUUUCUCUCGGACAGUAUGCUUGGCCGAAUUGAACGCGGGAAUGUUUCUGGGAUGGACGUCGCCGAUAACACCUCGAUUACUGGAUCAUGACUUCUCCUUCAAGAUCACUGCGAACGAAGCCUGUUGGACAGUUUGUGUCUUUACACUUGGAAUGGCAUGUGGAUGUUUUCUUUCGAUAUUUCUACUUGAUAUCGUGGGCAGAAAAGUUUUGAUAUUGCUCACAAUUUUUCCCAGCUCUGUUAGUUGGAUGCUGAUGCUGUGGAGUCCAUCGAUUUCGAAUCUCUACGUGUCCCGUUUUAUAGGCGGCACUGCCAGUGGCAUAAUUUUCACGAGCGGAUCGAUCUACGUGACAGAGAUUUCGCCUCCACACAUUCGGAGUGCUCUGUGCAGUUGUUUCCUGCUAAUGAAUUACUGCGGUUCCUUCCUCGGUUAUGUACUCACCUCAAUUGGUACUAUUGAGAAAUACUCUUACGUGGGAAUGUUUCUGGUGAUGUUGCAAUUCAUCGUAUUCGCCUGGAUGCCGGAGAGUCCUUUCUACUUGCUACGCCGGAAACGAUUUGGUGCAGGCAUGGAUUCUUUGAUGUACAUGCGUAACUCGGCCGACGUUGCGGAGGAACUCGAUUCGAUUAUGAAAUCAGUCGAAUCUGAUUCUCAGUACAAUGGAACAAUAUCUUCCAUUUUUCACUUGGCUUCUGAAAAAGGUGGCAAAAGAGUUAUCUUGAUCGGUGCCAAUUUAAUGACGUUGCAAGUGUUCUCGGGCACGAUUAUCCUCAUUACGUACUCGCGAACAAUUUUUGAGAAGAUUGACAACGUCCAACUGCCGGGAACCUACAUAAGCAUUGUUUUACCGAUAGUAUUUCUAAUGUCAUACCUCCUUUGUAUCAGUUUGGUAGAUCGUUUGGGAAGAAAGCCUCUGAUAAUCGUGUCGACCGUGGGCGUUGCAAGUUGCAGUUUUCUAUUAGGAAUUUAUUUCUUCCUGGAACAAAAGAACUUGGAUACUUCGGGUUUCCAACCAUUUGCAUUCGGAGUAGCAUUACUUUAUGUAAUAAGCGUUUCUUUGGGACUGGCUAGCGUGCCGUUCGUCGUUAUGAACGAAAUCUUCCCGAUGUAUGCGAAAGCAGCUUGCGUGGGACUCGGUUUCUGCGUAAAUUUCAUUUGGUCCUUUAUCAUAUUACGUAUCUGGAGCACCGUCGUGUUUGCGAACAGCAUACACAUCGGGUUUUGGCUGUUUUCCGGUUUCAACGUGUUCAGUAUCUUCUUCCUGGUGUUUUACUUACCGGAGACGAAAGGACAAUUUUUGCAGAUUUCAGAUAGUUCGGUGGGUAGGAUAAAGAAAUGAUAAAUCGAGCGGCUGGAUUUAUUGCAAGGACAAAUGGGGUUUAAUAUAAUUAAGUAGAAAACCACAUAAAUUAUUUAUUGAAAAUGUUUGAACAGCCUCUUAGAAGUUUCUUCUUUGUUAUCUAUACAAACAGGUACUGUAACAGUAAUAUGUACAAAAAGGGCGCGAGCAGUCUGGUAGGUAAUUAAUUUAUGUAUGUAUUAUAAUUAAUUUAUGUAUUCUGGUAAUUAAUUUAUGAUCUGCGUUA